AUUUUAAUAUUUUUUAUAAUUUCAGUUCUUGUUUAUAGAACCUUUUUGCUUUUGCCUUACUUUUUACAGAUGGAAGAGGAUGGUGAGUUCAGGUGCUGGGAUGAAUUGCUUCCGGAUGCGCUUGGGUUGAUUUUCAAGAAUCUUCCACUCCAGGAGGUACUUACUGUGAUCCCAAGGGUAUGCAAAUCAUGGGGGAGAGCAGUUAGUGGACCUUAUUGCUGGCAGGACAUUGACAUUGAAAAAUGGAGCCAACAAUGUCGGCCGGAGAUCCUUGAUCGCAUGCUUCAAAUGCUGAUAACUAGGAGCUCGGGUUCACUCCGCAAUCUCUGUGUUACCGGCCUCCCUAAUGACCAGAGCUUUUCGUUCAUUGCAGAUAAUGCCAAAUCUCUUCAGACUUUACGGCUGCCAAGAAGCGAAAUAAGUGAUUCAGUAGUGGAACAGGUUGCUGGGAGGCUGUCCUCGGUGACUUUCUUGGAUGUUAGUUACUGCAGGAAUAUCGGAUCACUGGCCCUCGAAGCAAUAGGCAAGCACUGUAAGUUACUAAUGGGGUUGAGGAGAACAAUGCACCCAUUAGAGGUAGUAGAUAAACUGUCUCAAGAUGAUGAAGCCCUUGCCAUUGCUACUACAAUGCCGAAGCUCAAGCAACUUGAGGUGGCAUACUUGCUGAUUAGCACAGAAGGUGUGCUCAAAAUACUUGAAAGCUGCCCUGACCUGGAGUUACUAGACAUUCGAGGAUGUUGGAAUGUGAAGCUAGAUGAAAGUUUUGUCAAUAAACUUUCACGGUUGAAGGUGGUCGGACCUCUCGUUGUGGACUAUUCUGGGAUGAAGGGAUGGGAUGAUUGUUCGAAUUAUUCAGGUUCCUCUGGUUACUUGGCCUGGGACUUUGUUGCCGGAGAUGUUGGUGUUGAUUACUAUGAUGAGAUAUCAGAUGGGGAUUGGGAAGAUGACCAAAACGUGGUAGAUGUGGAAAUGAGGUUCUAUGAUGGUUUUGACUCUGAAAAUGCUGCAUUCGAUUGGCCCCUCUCCCCCUAAAGGAUUGUCGACAUCAACCUCGACUGCGUUGAGCACUUUGCUGCCACUUUGCUAUGUACAAACAUUGUAUUUCUAAUGUAGUGUAUAAACAAGUUUUCCUAGGAGUGUUUGUAAUAAAAGAACUUGUAACCUGUAGCAAAAGAAUUUGUUUCCUUAGUAAAUUGAGGUAUAUAUCUCAUAGCGUUUCCAUGCUUCCGUAACGUCCCCAC